AUGGACAUGGAUUCUACCAACGGUAAUGGAACUGAGCUUGAAUCAGCAAAUGGGAGUGGGGUUACUGAUGCACUGCCUCCUCCCCCACCGAUCAUACCUCCCAAUGUUGAGCCAGUGCGGCUUAAAACCGAAGAGAAGAAAAACCUGAAAAUCCCUAUGGCUCGGAAUGGGACUAAUGGUAACGCAAGCCCCAAUGGGAACGAAGGCGAUGGUGAUAGGAAAAGACUGCGUCGGCCCAACCGUGCCAAAAACUUUAGAGUGGAGAUCAGCUAUGCGGCCAAGAUUCCUCUACAAGCUCUUGCUAAUGCAAUGCGUGGCCAAGAAUCUGAGAUGUCGCAGGAAGCAAUAAGGGUUUUGGAUAUAAUCUUGCGCCAACACGCUGCUAGACAAGGCUGCCUGCUUGUGCGACAGUCAUUUUUCCAUAAUGACCCGAGUAACUGUGAACCAGUUGGUGGUAACAUCCUAGGGUGUAGAGGAUUCCAUUCGAGUUUCCGAACGACGCAGGGUGGCAUGUCCCUCAACAUGGAUGUUACAACCACGAUGAUAAUCAAGCCUGGUCCUCUUAUUGACUUUGUUCUUGCUAACCAAGAUGCAAAAGAUCCGUUUAGUGUUGACUGGUCUAAGGCAAAAAGGGCGCUCAAGAACCUGAGGGUUAAAGUCAGCCCCUCAAACCAAGAGUUCAGGAUCACUGGCAUAAGUGAUAAGAUCUGCAGUGAACAGAAGUUUGAAUAUAGGCCAAGGAACGCACUGAAGAAUGAGAAUGGUGAGUUCGAAACUGUUGAAAUAACAGUAUCUGAGUACUUCAACAAGGAAAGGCAUCUGGAGUUGCAAUAUUCUGGAGAUCUGCCGUGCAUCAAUGUCGGGAAGCCAAAACGACCAACUUAUAUUCCUAUUGAGCUCUGCUCCUUGAUUCCGCUUCAGAGGUACACAAAAGCGCUGAAUACUUUCCAAAGAUCUGCCCUUGUCGAGAAAUCUAGACAGAAGCCCCAAGAGAGGAUGAGUGUCCUGUCCAAAGCUCUUCAAGUUAGCAACUAUGACACUGAGCCUCUCUUGCGCUCCUGUGGCAUUUCAAUCAGCUCUAACUUUACUCAGGUGGAGGGUCGCGUUCUGCAAGCUCCCAAGCUAAAAGCGGGGCAAGGAAAUGAAAUAUUCACACGAAACGGUCGCUGGAAUUUCAACAACAAGGAAUUUGUUGAGCCAACCAAGAUACAAAAAUGGGCUGUUGUAAAUUUCUCUGCGCGCUGCAAUGUACGUCAAAUCGUAGAUGAUCUAACUAGAAUUGGAGCAUCGAAAGGAAUUGAAAUUGCUGCUCCUUUUACUGUGUUUGAGGAAAACCGUAGAUUCUGCAAUGCUCCUCCUCUUAUUCGUGUAGAGCAGAUGUUUGAGGAGAUCCAAUCUAAACUCCCAGGUGCUCCGCAGUUCAUUCUUUGUCUUCUCCCCCAGAAGAAGAACUGCGACAUUUAUGGCCCUUGGAAGAAGAAAAACCUUACUGAGUACGGCAUUGUUACUCAAUGCAUGGCUCCAACGCGACAGCCUAACGAUCAGUAUCUUACAAACUGUCUUCUGAAGAUCAAUGCCAAGCUUGGUGGCCUGAACGCUAUUCUGAGCGUUGAGCGUACACCAGCCUUCACUGUCAUUUCGAAGGUCCCAACCAUCAUCCUUGGGAUGGAUGUUUCACAUGGUUCUCCGGGACAGUCUGAUGUCCCUUCCAUUGCUGCUGUGGUGAGUUCUAGGCAGUGGCCUCUAAUCUCCAAAUACAGAGCAUCUGUUCGCACACAGCCUUCAAAGGCUGAGAUGAUUGAGUCUCUCAUCAAGAAAAAUGGGAAUGAAGACGAUGGCAUUAUCAAGGAGUUGCUGGUAGAUUUCUACGCUAGCUCUGGUAAGAGAAAGCCAGAGCAUAUCAUAAUCUUCAGGGAUGGUGUUAGUGAAUCUCAGUUCAACCAGGUUCUGAACAUUGAACUUGAUCAGAUCAUUGAGGCAUGUAAGCUAAUGGAUGAGAAAUGGAACCCAAAGUUCCUUCUGUUGGUGGCUCAAAAGAAUCAUCACACCAAGUUUUUCCAGACUAACUCUCCUGAUAACGUUCCACCAGGGACUAUCAUCGAUAACAAGAUCUGUCACCCGAAAAACAAUGACUUCUAUCUCUGUGCACACGCCGGAAUGAUUGGAACGACUCGUCCUACACAUUACCACGUCUUGUAUGAUGAGAUCCAUUUCUCACCUGAUGAACUUCAAGAACUCGUCCACUCGCUCUCAUAUGUGUACCAAAGAAGCACCACUGCCAUUUCUGUUGUUGCGCCGAUCUGCUAUGCUCACUUGGCAGCUGCUCAGCUAGGGACUUUCAUGAAGUUUGAAGACCAAUCUGAGACGUCAUCAAGCCACGGUGGUGUGACAGCUCCAGGACCAGUCUCGGUGCCUCAGCUCCCCAAACUCAAAGACAAUGUCGCAGAUUCUAUGUUCUUCUGUUAG